UUCUAAACAUUUUCUAGUUAUCUCUAUACUUGUAAAUGUUUGUUUAAAAUUAGUGAGAUCGAUUAUUAACAGCAGUAACUUUAUGAUAGUAUAAAGGUAAACUCUAUAACACAAAGUUUUUUGCGAGACUUUUUACCUAGAUAAGUAAGUAUACAAUUCAAACAAAUCAACAAUUUUCGGUUCUAUCAUAUCAUAAAUCAUAUUUUUUCGGUCGGUUCUCGGGUUAGCAUAUAUAGAUAGACAUAUUUAAGCUAAAUAAAUGUGUAUAUUGUUCAUUUCUUCACUUUUUAAUAAUUAUCGAAUAAUUAUUUUUUAUAAAUAAUGCCUAAAAAGACCAACAAUGGUUCUUAAAUGUUAAAAAGCAACAAACAAAUGCACGUUUAAUUUUUGCAAGUUUACUGAACUUGCUGUGUUCUAUCUGAUUAGAUACAACAUAAUCAGUAUGGGCCUUAUUUUCCAGGAAAUUUUAUAACGGUUUAUUACUGUCGCAGCAAUUUAAGUAUAUAUAGCUAGUCAUCUAUGAGCUAGUCGAGACAAUCGUUUCUGCAUAAAAACAUGGCACCAUAUCAUUGGGUAACUAUUACCACUCGAGGAGCUUCCUUUCCUUCCUCUGCUGUACCUGCUGGAACGGAUAUUGAUGGAGCUCCCAUUUAUGUAGGACGAAGUUUUUUUAAUGGAGACUGGCUUCCAGCCAAAGUGAUACCUUCGAAGCAUGUAGCUUACAUUUCUUAUGGAGGCAAAGAAAUUUCCGUCGACAAAUUUAAGGUUCUUUGUGAACAGCGCUUUGAAUGGAUUCCAGCAGAAGAUGGACAUGUACCUGUACAUUCAGUGGUAGGAGGAAAGACUGCGAGUGGAGAAGAAUUGUUCAUUGGACGGGUCCGACAUCAGGGAUCCCAAACGGUGGGAAAAGUACAUCCAAGCCACAAAACAUGCUACAUCGCGUUUGGUGGGAAGGAAAUUGCAUACAAGCAAUACGAGGUUCUUGUCCUACAGAAACCUUAAGGCUUAUCAAAUUCAUUAUUUAUACCUUUCAAGUUUUAUAAAAAGUCAUAGCUGCUCGAAAACGCUGUUUAUUUCUAAAUCAAUAAAUUAAUUCCCAAUUUCA